ACAUCUAUUUGUCAGGGCUUUUUUCUUAGAGCCUCGGCACUGUACUGGGAGCUGAAGUAUAUAAUGAGUCAAUAAAACUGAAGCUAGUAUUCAAUAAUUAGGCAAUACUAUUCUGGAGGAAGGCCGUAGCUAGUAAGUUAAAGGGCUAUUAAUUAGCCUAAAGGGCUGCUGGUUAAGGCUAGAUGGUAUCAUUUUUAGACAACAGCAGUAUGUUAAGUUUAUUAACAUGUUGUUAAUAAACUUUGCCUGGUUUUAUGUUGUUUAAAGACGAUUAAAAAGAAACAGAAAAUUCAGAUCCUAGUGUUAAAUAUUGCAGAGUUAUUAAAGACUUAACAUUUGGACUAUAUUAGACAUAUUUUUCUAGAAUGUUUGUGUUAGAUGUGUUUGCUAGCCUCUCCCAGGAGAAGGUUUGUGUCAUGGUUGCCCAUGGCAACGGAAUGACGCUUUGGGCUCGCUGUGAAAGAUCGGUCGGAUAGGUUUGAGCUGUGUGUGGAAAUUUAAGAAUUAUUGAUAUAUAUCGUGUUAUUUGGUCUUGUUAUUUGUCUAGCCAGAGUUACAUCCGAGCUUUAAAAUAGACGCGCAUGUUCAUAUACCCCAUUAUGGGGUAUAUAAACAUUAAGUCAAGUGUUUGCCUUAUUGGGUGUAUUGUGUAUCACGAUUGGACGUUUUUUUUGAGAAGCAUGAAGAAAAAACUCCCCGCCAUAUGUGAUCAAGGACUUGCGAAGCAACGUUUAUAGGUGUAAACUAAUCAACCGUCAGGGUCAGAUGGUGCAAAUUACACAAUGCUGUAAAUAUGACUUCAGCAGCAGCUCUAGGAGUAAACCCCAAUCCCGACAGAGGUAUUGGCUUAAGCCAUCUGCUGGGUACCGAGUAUGAAAGGAAGAAGCAGAAACUUCAGCGGGAGCUCCAGCUGGACUACAGAAACUAUAUAUCCAGGAAAACAGAUCUGAAAAGUAAAGAGCCUCAACAACAACUUGAUGGAGUGUCACUACCGAUUGAUGAGAGGAUAUCUGUAAAGGAAAAACUGAGAGAGGAGAGAAAUAAAGAAUACAACCUCUUCCUCCAAGAACAAGCUCAAAUCAGAACGGUAAAGAGGAGAACGUCUUUUGUCAGUCCCAAGCCUGGACAGAUUCACACUUCAGAUGGCUUGAAAAUUUCUCCCCCAGCCUCUCCCCUGUCAUCCCCUCACAAACAUACCCACACAAACAUAGUCCCCAGUCACAAUGAGAGGAAAGAUGCUUCCACUCUGACCGAGGUGUUCAACGAUGGAGAAAUCAGGAGUCCAGUUCAGAGGCGGCGAAGACGCUGGCAAAUCUUCAGAGCAGAGCCCUACAGCUCUGAAGACGAGCUAAACACAGACAGAGGGGAUGAGUUUGAUUUGAGAUACAGGAGGAGGAACGACAGGCACACUCAAGAGCCUGGGUACAAAGAGGAGAUGACAGCGCAAGAGUGCAGAGUGAAGAAGGCUUCUCAGGACAUAAAGGAGACAGUGGCUCCUACAGUUUCUCAUCAGAAGACCAAUGACACAAUUUGGAAGUCUGAUGUUCAAGUGCCAGCCAGCAUGAAGAUGGCUGCAAGAUCUGCUGUCAGGAAGGAUAAGGCUGAUUUUGCUACUGGACUGCUGAUAGGAAUAACAGAAGAGCAGGAGACAACUCAGAUGAGGAAAGAACAAUACAGGCAGGAGUUACUGAGACAAAUUGCUGAAAAGCAGAGGAAGAAGAUGGAGGAGAAAAGACUUGAGCUGAGAGUUGACCCUGAAAAAGAGCCUGACCGGAUACAGCAGCUAGGGUCUGUGAAUCGUCACUAUAACAGCCUGAGCCAGGAUGUUCUUCACAAGCUAGGAAAAGAUCUAGAGGCAGAAGGGAAGCACCUAAAUCCAAGUCUUGAAAAUGGCAAACCCACUGAGAAUGCAGAUGAGAGAGCCCCCCCAGGAAAGUCCCAGGUGGACUUGAUUACAGCUCUCAGACAACUGCCUGGGAAGACUGUGCCUUCAAAUGGGAUGGAAUUACCGCAAGGUGUCCCCUCACUGGACUAUUUUAGUGAGGACUACCACAGAGACUUCUCAAACAUCCUAGGAGAGGUGACCAUCCCAAGGGUUGCGAGUGUUGCUCCUCCUUUACCUCCCAUUGUACCUCACAAUUACAAGACUCCAUAUGAUGCAGAUUAUUACUACUAUGGAACCAGGAAUCCAUUAGAUCCUCAUCUUCCUCAUCUUCCUCACAAUCCAAGUAAUAUUGCUGGAGUUGAAAAACGUGUUGCUAUCCAGUUUGUGUAA